UUAGAAAUGUUUACCAUUUAAGCGACGCCUAAUAGAAAUACUCUCACGUACCGCUCACGGCUCUCCCGAACGCGCUCUCCCGCGUUAAAGUGAAAGUUUUCCCCACAAAAGUGGCGAAGGUCCGUUAUCUUGGCCGCCGUUCGGGCCAAGUCGCAAUCAGACAGUCAGACACACGCGGAGCGUUCAGUCGACCGGACGCAUGGUCGCUGAUAUAAGAUAUAAGAUAUAGAUACCCGAUAGCCGAUAGCCGAUGCCAGAUACUAUAUGUGGUGCAGUGUGUUAGUGUUUUGGUGCGAGCAACUGUAAAUUCGCAGGUGACCAAAGAAAGUGCGGUCGUCGCAAUUAAAUUGAAUUGAAAUCGGAAUCGGAAUCGUAUCUACAAUUACAGUUACAACUCAAUUCGCGUUCGUCGCCUAAGUCUUUCGUUUAGCGCGCGCGCCGUUACAACACUAUCUUUUCGCACUUACUUUGCCCGAUUUUUGGUGGCGAUUUCGAAACAAGCAGGGCGAAUAUCAUAACGAGUCGCUGCCAGACGGUCUAGGCCAAGAACUCCCCGCAAGUGUCGUCCGGCCAGCAGCAAACAUGUUUAAGUGGGUUACGCCGGCCUCAACGGCGAUGUUGUCCCGCUGCUGCACAACAACAACAGCAGCAACGAGAACAGCAACAGCAACAACAACGACAACGACGAGAACAACAAAACCACAACUACUUUCCAUCGCUUUAACAAGUUUAAUAAUAAUAGUCGCAUCAUUUGUGCCGACAACAAGUGGAUUUAGAUCAAUUGAAACGAAUGGCGCUAACGGUCGCAAGCUAUUUGGUGGCUACCGCAUCACCCCGAAGCACUGCCGGGCCACCAAGACGCUGCCCAGUUCGGAUCCGCGGGCCAAUGGACCCACCAUCUGCAUGUUCAACCACGAGUGCGCCCAACGGGGCGGUGAGGUGGUGGGCGCCUGCAUGGACGGUUUCCUCUUCGGAGCCUGCUGCCAGAUUCCACCCACCCACGAGUUGGCCAGCACGUUGAUCAACGAGGCCCAGAAUGCCUACUUCCAGCAGCACCAGCAGCAGACGAAGCUCCAGCAGGCGGCAGCCCAAUCCUCGUUCGAGAGCUACGGCGAACAGCAGCAGCAAUCCCUGAGUGAGGAGCAGGUGGCCCAGCAGCCAUCGCAGAGCAUCUACGAUCAGCAGAACCUGGACAAGGUGUACCAGCAGUUGGGCAGCAGCAGUAGCAUCAGUCCACCCAGUGGUGCCUAUGGGGUGGAGUCGCAGCAGCAGGAGGAUCAGCCGGAGCCGGAGGCACCUGUUAGGGAUGAGCCCGCGUACUCCAGCAGCAGCAGCGCUUCCACCGAAACCUCCACCCAGUCGCAGUACUCCUCGGCCAGUGUGGAGUUCGAACAGGAGCCUUCGCAGCAGGCCGACACCUCCAAUGACCAGACCACCCAGAAGAUCACCAAGCAACCCGUUCAACCCAUCCAGCCACCCAACUUCCAUGUGCACAAGCACUCCGUCACUAUCAACUCACCCUCGUCGCCGCCCCAGAAUGAUGACUUUGUGAUGCAAGUCCUCAGCACUUUGCCACCUGAGCAUGCCGACGAUCAUCACAUCGUCUUCACCACCGAGGUACCCAUGAAGAUUGCCAGCGUUUUGCAGGAUCAAACGAGCUCCGAGUCCAACUCCUUCGAAGAGGUUUCCUCGACGCCAGCAGCCACCCAAAAACCUAAGACGAAACCCACUCAGAAAACUACUCAGAAAACCACUCAGAAACCAACUCCGAAACCGACUACACAGAAACCCAAGCCGAAACCCGUUCCUCAAUUGGCAGAGAGCAUGAAGCGACCCAUCCAGCACCAGAAGCCGCAGCAGGUGGUGAAACCCAAGCCAAGUCCAAAACCGGAACAGACUGUGAACAACCAUCACCACAACCAUUUGAUCCUGGAUGGCGGAGAGUUCACGCACAGUGACAUCACUCACCCCGGAGCAGAUGCCGAUCUCGUGGAGGAUCUGCAGUUCUCGACAGGAUAUGGACCCCAGCCUGUGUACGCGGAACCACCAAAGCAGCAACAGGAACAGCAACCACAACAACAUCCGGUGGAGCAGAGCUACAUCUCCUCCAGCACAAGUGCCAAGCGUCCAACGACGGGUCAGAACAGUCCCACCACUAUUUCCUCGAUUACCACCCAUGUGGACUCCAUUGAGUCGAUCAUCCUGCAACUGAACAAUACCAGCCAUGGACCCAGUUACAAUGUGGUGAGCCAGCAGACUCCCUCCUAUGGAUAUCCUGGAGCAGGAGCAGUCCACACGGAGCCAGCCACACAGCCACCCACUUUCUACCAGGAAAACGAAGCGGAGAAGGUUCAGGAACAGGACACACAGUCGGAUUACGGUUACACCACCACAGUCAACUACGAAUCUUCGUAUGACAAGGUUUCGGAUGAGCAGGAUGCCUCGGCAGCAGUCAGUCAGUCCGCUGAGAUGCCCACUGCUCGUCCUGGUUACGGAGAGGAUGUCUCCGCCGUCCUGGAAGAUCACACCCUGCCGGCCAAUGGGUACCACGAUGCUGUGGCUCCAGUUGCUCCACAGACCUCCGAGUUCAACAAGAUGCCCGUGAUGGGCAUUGCCUAUCCAGUGGAUAUGUCCUACAUGGAAGAGGAGGAGAACCUGCCGGCCACUGCAGCUGGUUAUGGCCAGGCCAUAAGCAGUGACUCCUACGAGGGCAGCACUGAAUCCGCAUACCAGAAGCUCUCCACCGUCCAAACGGAGGAGCCGCAGCCAGUGCCAUCUUACGUGCGUCCCACCACCAAUGCCAACAAGCAAAAUCGCCCAGUGGCCUCCUACAUUGGAAUGGUGACCAUGCAGCACUAUAGCCCCCAAACCCAGUCCGGAAAUGGUGACUAUCAGGCCCAAGUUCCCGCCGAAGUGUCCGUCUCGUCGCACACCACCAAAGUCCAGGAGCAGGAAGAAGAGACCUCGAAUGUGUAUCAGCAAUCGGAGACCACUUCCGGCUAUGUAUCCCCUCCAACUGCUGCUUCUCCGGUUCAACGGCCCCAAUAUGAUACUAUUUUAGAGGAUUCUUCCUCGGAGCGACCCGUUUUGGUGACGGCCAGUCCCAGACCUCGACCCAAGCCCAGUACCAAGCGACCUGGCGUGAAGAGACCCAUCAACGGAGAGAACACCAAGAAGAAGCCUCAACCGCAGCCAAGUACUAGUGCCUACAACCAGGAGAAGAUCAGCGAGCACAGCACGAGGAAGCCUGUGUCCAGUGGAUACGACAAUGUGCCCGAAUCCCCCAUCACACACAUUCAGAUCAAGAAGCCAGCGGCUAAUCAUCACAAGGAGCAAGAGCAAACUGGCUACCCCAGACCAUCCACUGGAGGAUACGAACAGAAGCCAGUGGCUAAUCAUCACAUGGAGCAUGAGCAAACUAGCUACCCCAGACCAGCCAAUGGAGGAUACGAACAGACCACAGCAGCAGCUCCUGCGCCAGCUGCUCCGGCCCUCAACUACGACAAACCAGAUGCCCCAGCCAGCCAAUACGACCAGCCAUCCGCUCCAUCUGUCAGCUACGAUCAGCUGGCGCCCAUGCCAUCGCACAACUACAACGAGGAGCACGUGGCCAGCUCGCCGGGAAGGAAACCCCCAACGGCCAAGCCCAUUUCCACCAGCUAUGUGACCGGACCUAGCACUCCACGUCCGCCAGCCACCGUUGACUACCACUACGACAAUGUGCCGCCACUGUUCAUGGCGGACGACAAGCUGGAUGCCUUUAUCCAGAGCACGGCGGAGAACAUUGUGGGCUCCACGCCGGGCAACUAUCAGCCGCCCUUGGUGGCGACCGCUUCGACGCCCAUCUACGCCCAAAGACCCACCAUCAGUGGUAGCUACGGCCAUAAGAAACCCGGUUUCGUGCAGAUCAAUGGAACACCCAAACCUCCCAGGCCCACGGUUCUCAUUACACCCAAGCCCACUGCCAUUAAUCUGGUGACCUACAGUUCGUUGAGUGACGAUAGCAACAAGCUGGCCUCCAGCACGGGUGCCUAUGUGACCGGAAGACCAGGAGUGCAGGGAGUGAGUUCCAACGACUUUGAGGACCCCGGAUACUUUGGCAGCAGCCCGGUGCAUGUGGCCUUCACGCAAUCCACAACGGAGGCCAUCUAUGCAGUGCCCUCUGAUGACAAGCCUGCGUUCCCUGGCUACUUCGGACCCACGCCCUCGUAUCCCGCCUUCUCCGUUCCGGGCGAGAAAGUUGGCCAGAACGUGAUGGAGGAAACCUACACGUCGCCCAACGACUUUGUCAAUUUCCCGCCGGUGAGAAACCCCAAUCUGAACAUGUCUGCUGCCUCCAGUGCAGUGACCAGCGAUCUGGACCUUUCCACGCCCGCCUUCGUGGAGGAUGUGGUGCUGAAGGACAAGAUGCACACGCUGGUCCAUAAGUUGGUGGCCUCGCUGCAGGGCAACUUCGAGGCCCUGGCCGACAUGAUCGAUGAGCCGGGAAGUAAUAAGACGGCGGCCACCUACCAGGCCGGAGCAGGUGGAGCAGCCAAGCCCGUGAGGGUGGUAACUACGCGCAAGCCCGUGAGGAUAGCCACCACAACCAGGCCGAAGGUCACCACCAAGAAACCCGUGACCCGCGUUACGACUAAGGCUCCCAACAAGAAGACCUCCGCCGUCAGCAGCACCACUCGCAAACCAGUGACACGUCGCACCACCGUGGCUGCCAAGGUGACCACCACCACCCGGAAACCGGCGACCAAGAAGCCAACCCGCCGGGUGAGCAGCACCGUGAAGACCACAACCGUGAGCUCGGCCAGGCCGGCGGACGAUGAGAUCGUGGACGAGGAGGACGAAGAGGACGUCAACCCCAAUCCCAGCGACAACGAGAUCGACCAGGGCGCCACGCUCAGCUCGUACGGCGGAGCCAAUGGGCGGAAGAUUCACUCGACUUCUCGAACACUCCCCACUCCUAACCUCGCAUUUCACUCCCCAUCAACAGAGUGCGGUGUGCGGCCCCAUGUCAAGUCCGGCCGCAUCGUCGGCGGCAAGGGCUCCACCUUCGGCGCCUUCCCCUGGCAGGUCCUCGUGCGGGAGUCCACCUGGCUGGGCCUGUUCACCAAGAACAAGUGCGGCGGCGUCCUAAUCACCAGCCGCUACGUCAUCACCGCCGCCCAUUGUCAGCCUGGCUUCCUCGCCUCGUUGGUGGCCGUGAUGGGCGAAUUCGACAUCUCCGGCGAUCUGGAGAGCAAGCGUUCUGUGACCAAGAAUGUGAAGCGUGUCAUCGUUCACCGGCAAUACGAUCCGGCCACCUUCGAAAACGAUCUGGCCCUGCUGGAAUUGGACAGUCCAGUGGCAUUCGAUACCCAUAUAGUGCCCAUUUGCAUGCCUAAUGACGUUGCGGACUUCACUGGACGCAUGGCCACCGUGACUGGUUGGGGACGCCUCAAGUAUGGCGGCGGAGUGCCAUCCGUUUUACAGGAGGUUCAGGUGCCGAUUAUCGAGAACAGCGUGUGCCAGGAGAUGUUCCACACUGCUGGCCACAACAAGAAGAUUCUCACCUCCUUCCUGUGUGCCGGUUAUGCCAAUGGCCAAAAGGACUCCUGCGAGGGCGACAGUGGUGGUCCGCUGGUGCUGCAGCGUCCCGAUGGACGCUACGAGUUGGCCGGAACCGUGUCCCACGGCAUCAAGUGUGCGGCGCCGUAUCUGCCCGGCGUCUACAUGCGCACCACCUUCUACAAGCCCUGGCUGCGCAGCAUAACGGGAGUGAAGUAAGGUGUCGCCUCCACAGCCUCCACCGCCUCCGUGGUUCCCAUGUGCCCGAGAUGGCCAAGAAGCCGCUGGGGAAGGAGCAACAAGUGUAAAUAGAACGUAGAGUUUUAAGAGUCGUGGACAGAAGCGUGAGAAGAAGAGUUGACUCAACUUUUUUGCAACGUCGCAUUUUUCGAAUCCUUCCCUCAAACCCUCCUCCAUGCUACCAUCAUUUCAUUAGCUUAAUUGAAAAUCAACUGCAGCAAACUUUGAACGAAAUUCUGAGUUUUCGAUAUUUUGUUUGAGCAGGCUGCAGGUUCCGUUUUUUGAGUACGCGUGCCUAACACUUGUAGAGUCUGAAUGAGAAUUACGCUAAUUGCAAGCCGUAUGCUUAAGAAAUAUUUAUUCUAGUUUUAAGCCUAUUUAUUUGACUAUUUAUUUAUUUAUGUGACGAAACGAAACGAAACGAAACGAUUUGUGCGUUUGAUUCAACUAAAAAAAAUUGUUAUUUUCAUAGGCAAAUUGUUGUUAUGUUCAAAUGAAAGCGAGAGCAAAUGUUUUUAGUUCAAUUGAAUUUACUAAUUUAUCGAUUUAUAUCAUUAAUUUUUUUAUCUAAUUACGUUUUAUGUUAAUUGUUAAGCGAAUAAACCAAUCGAAAAGAGAUCGAAAUAAACGACAUAAAUAUUAA